CUGGCUGCUUGGAAAGAAGGUCCUCCUCUUAUAAAUUCCCUUCUCCUGACUUCUCCACUCAAUCAUGGAGUUUUUAAGAACAGCAUCGGAAGAGUUUGAUCCUAAGUUAAUAAAACGUUCAAAGCUGGUGGAAGUUGAAGGAACCUCUUUAAUUGAUAACACUGCUGAAAACCUGGACCUCUUAAGGAAUUUUAAAGCCCAGCCUAAUGACCUACUCAUUUGCACUUAUCCCAAAGCAGGGACUACUUGGAUGCAAGAAAUAGUGGACAUGGUGCAGCAUGGAGGAAACAAACAGAAAUGUGCAAGGGGUCCCAUAUAUAAUCGGAUUCCCUUCAUAGACUUGUUUCCUAUGAAACCCAUAUCUUCAGGUUUGGAAAUGGCAGAGGCAAUGCCUUCCCCACGUACCCUGAAAUCUCACCUCCCAGUUCAUCUUCUACCACCUUCCUUCUGGGAACAAAAUUGCAAGAUCAUUUAUAUAGCUAGAAACAUUAAGGACACCAUUGUUUCCUACUUCCAUUUUCACCGCAUGAACCAGCGUAUGCCGGAGCCAGGGAACUGGGAUCAGUUUUUAGAGAACUUCCUUGCAGGAAAAAUUGCAUGGGGCUCUUGGUUUGACCAUGUCCAAGACUGGUGGAAGGCUAAGGACCAUCACCCAAUCCUGUAUCUCUUUUAUGAAGACAUAAAAGAAGAUCCAGCCAGAGAAAUCCAGAAAGUUGCUCACUUCCUCGACUUUGAACUCCCAGACCCACUUCUGAAGGAGAUUACUGAGCAUACAAAGUUUGAGACUAUGAAAAACAACCCCAUGGCCAAUUACACCACUCGGCCUGCCUUUUUGAUGAACCAAGCCCUGUCACCCUUCAUGAGAAAAGGUGUUGUAGGAAACUGGAAGGAGCAUCUUACUGUGGCUCAAAAUGAAAAGAUAGAUGAAAUCUCAUCCCGGUUAUUAGCAGGCAGUGGCCUGGUCUUCCGCACUGAGCUGUAAGUCUUG